AGAAGAAUCAUUUUGGCUCCGUCAAUUUCCAAUGUAAUUUCCACGACGUUCCUAUCCACAUUCCAAGUGCAAGAUAUACCUGCUCAUGCCCCACCCACUAGGGGAGGGACUAGGCCAUUCCACGAAAUUCCACGCUAUUUUUUCAGGAUCAUGAGAGACGCGUUCACGGAUCACGGUUUCAUUGCUGAGAAGUGGGGACCAGCCGACAUCUCAACCACGUCGCCACGUUUUACCUUUUUUUUCUCAUAAUAUAAACAAAGAUGACAAUGGCAGUUUACAGGAACUGUUCACAAAUCAAGUGCCUUCGUUCUUAUAAAAAAAGUUUCUCAUCGAGUGCCGCAACCCAACUGGAACAUUUCAAGCUUAUAAAGUUCGCGAAUCAAAAUGGGGUUUAUAAUGUACAGCUGGACUCCCCUAGCACAAGGAAUGCCCUUUCUCUUGAGAUGUUGAAUGAACUUCAUACAACUUUCAAGAUGGUUAAUGAAGCCAAAGACUCCCGUUGUGUGUUACUGUCUUCUACUGGAAAAGUCUUCUCAGCUGGCCACAACUUGAAAGAGUUGACAAAAGACAUUCCUGAAACUCACCAUGGUCUGGUUUUUUCAACGUGUACUAGCCUAAUGAAACUUUUGCUGGACUGUCCUGUCCCCAUUGUAGCAAAGGUUGAUGGCAUAGCUGCUGCUGCUGGUUGUCAAUUGGUAGCCAUGUGUGAUAUAGUUGUGGCAAGCAGCACUUCCAUGUUUUCUACACCGGGUGUAAAUUUGGGCCUCUUCUGCUCCACACCAGGUGUAGCUAUUGCCAGAUCCAUCCCAAUGAAAUUAGCUUCAUAUAUGCUUUAUACUGGACUCCCUAUAUCAGCUGAAGAAGCUCUGAAAGCUGGUCUAGUUAGUAGAGUCGUCAAGGCUGAUCAAUUAGAAACUGAAACACAAAAAGUAAUUGAAAGUAUUCGCCAGAAGAGCUUACCUGUAAUCCGUUUGGGUAAGCAAUUUCUCCAACGUCAGAUCAAAAUGGAUAAUAUCAUGGAAGCCUACAAAGAAGGAGAGAGCGUAAUGAUGAAUAAUUUACAGCUUCACGACACGCAAGAGGGUUUGCAAAGUUUCAGCGAGAAGCGUAAGCCUCAAUUUCAAGACAAAUGAGCCUUUGUAGCGUUAUUGUAAUCUUCGACGUUGUAAAGGAAGUCUGCUGUAUCUCGAAUUACACAAUAUCUUAAGCGAUA